AUGAGGCUAGGCUAUGCUUUUGCCCAGAGCGUGAAGUUGGCAGUCUUCGAGAAGAUCGUUGACGCAGCACUUGUUGAGGCCAAGCCAAUUCCAGAAGCUCUGGCGCAGCACGGCACCUUCGACUUGGACGAGAAAUUGGUGAAGAUGCAGAUGGGUGCAAUUUUUGUCACGAAGUGCUCGAUGACCCUCCAGAGCGAUAUGCUGGGAACCCCAGAGAUCUUGUGGGAGCAUGAUCGAUUUGAUGCGCAGCUUGACGCAAGAAAAAAUCAAAGUAGCCAUAGGAGAUGUUCGGCUGUGUGCUUCGCAGGCAGUAUGAUUCUUGCCGCAAGUACUUGGAAGUUGGGAAGCGCGUGGCUUUCCUGCAAAUAA